UCCCCGCUGGGUAUCCUCUUCUCGGUCGAGGCGUUCUCCUCGACGCUGCAGUCACCUCCAACAGUCCCUUCGCGAAGGUAACGACGGUAGUGUCCAGCUUUCUCGCGGAUCGACUACCUGUAGUGAUCGGUUUACUCGAAGAGGAAUAAGGAGAAGAAGAAGAAGAAGAAGAAGAAGAAGAAGACAAGAUGAAAUCCAUCGGGAGGCUCGUCUGUCUCGUAUGGGUGGUUUCCGCGCUCGGAGCCGGCGUCCUCGGGCUGCAGCGACCACCACCCAGAUACUCGCAGCAAUACAUGCCGGAAACUUCCUUCACUUGUCGCAACAAGAUCGUAGGAAGCUAUUACGCCGACCCGGAGACUGACUGCCAAGUGUUUCACGUCUGCGUGUCCGUAGCCGGCACCGUUCAGGACUACAAGUUCUUGUGUCCCAACGACACCGCGUUCGACCAGGAAAGCCAGACAUGCGCGGACUGGUACGACGUCGACUGCGAGGCAGCCACCCUCUACUACGCCAGCGACAAUUUCGACCUGUACAGGAUAGGAUCGGGCCUGGAGUCGCUUCACUACGACAGCAUACGCAGCGACGCCGAGCCGCAAGAUCAUCUUCAACGGUCCGAGACCAGCGACCCUGUCCGCUCCUCCGCCAACACCCUCAACCGAGUACAGCCGUCGAACAGCUACAACGGCAACAGGGACCUGAGAGGCAGCAGCAGCGGCAACUUUUACAACAAUCGGAACGGCAAGGAUGAGGACUACGAGAACGAGAGGCCCUACAAGGACGAGGUUGCUCAAGAGAAGAAGAAAACCGGUGUCAGAAAGGUCAGCAGGAAGCAGCAGUACAACGACAAUGGCAGCAACAGUUACGUAGCGUCGAGCACGAGCGUGCCUGCCCCUGCCCCUGCCAACCAGAACACGUACACCGGUUUCUACAGCGGCAACAACUACAAUCAACGGGCGAACGGGUUCGUGCCGUCGACCACCGCCAGGCCCCAAGAGAGUUUCAACAAGAAUCAGAACACGCCGAGAUACAACACGCCGUCGUCCACUUAUCGGCCGAGCACCGUCGGCUAUCAGAACAAUUACAACUUCCAGUCGCCGAGCACCACAACCAGAACGACCAUUUACAACGCCUACAACGCCAAUUCCAAUUACAAUCAGCAGAACGCCGCCGGUUUCAGCCAGAGUACGACGGCGAAGCCGUUCAGCCAGAGCACCAGCUACAGCAAGAAUUACAAUCAGAAUUACAACAACGGCGGACAGCCGUUCGCGCCGUCCACGACACUGCAGCCUAGCACCAGCUACCAGGCGAACGAUUACAGCAAUUACCAGAGAAAUUACAAUAACAUACAACGCACGAGUAACAAUAACGUGCCCUAUCAGUCUACCACCGCUUCGCCUACCAUUUACGAUAAUAAUUAUAAUAAUAAUAACAACAACAACGGACAGUACAGACCUAGCACGACUAUCCGGCAAGACGUCUCUCAAUCAACCACUAAAUACUUCCCCAGUUACGCAAGCAGCAAUUACGCGCCUACAACGUACAGUCCAGCAACGAAGAAGUACAUUCCCAACGACAAUGCACAGGCGCAGACCGCCGUAAGGAACAACGAGAACGGACAGUAUUACGAGAAGUCUAGCCAACCUGUGAAAAGCUCGUCCCAGUAUUACGAGGUAACGAGAGCGCCGAAAAAAGCGACGCAGUACAACAAUUACGAGGGAUCGAACGGGAAAUAUUACACGGAGACUAGCACGGGGACCUACGAUCUGGCGAGAUCCUCGGUUGGGAUAGGGUUCAGUCCUGCCAGCAUCAAUCAUCUGGCUGAGACAGCAAGACCUACCACCCCGGUGCCAAGGAGGAUCUCUACGGUCACCACCUACAAUCCGAACAUCUUCAACUCAAACACCCAGAGACCACCGCAAUCGCCGACAACCCCUAGGGAAAGUACUUAUGUCAGCGGAUCCGCCAGACCAUUCUCGUCGACAACGAGGCUGCCAAGUACCACGACACCGCGACCGAAAUCUGGGAAGAAGAACGACUACGACUACGCCUAUUACGACAACACCGCUGGACUGGAGUACGACAGCCUCGAUUUGGAACACGUGGCCGGGAACAAGGAGUCGACGAAGAUCGCGAGGAACUGAUCCUUCGAGAACAUAAAUCCAUGCCACGCGGUUGAAUUAGAAAUGUACCAUUUUUCUUUUUCUUUUUUUUUUUUCCCCCGAGAAGCUGAGGAAUAACAGUGGCCAGUCUAUCGUCAAAAUCGGCUUUCGAUGAUAGUUGAAGAGAAAUAUAUUGAAAACCGGUUUUGUUGUAAAGAGUAGAUCGCCUUAAGUAUAUAACACAAAUAGGGAUUUCUCAAAAUCUAAUAACAGAGUAUUCUGACAGAUCUGUUCUGCUUUCCUCCGAGUACAUUACUUUCUCUACAGUAUUGUAGGUUAGAAUCACGGCGAACGAAAGAGUUUCGCUCUCGCAUGAAUAAAAAUUACGAAUAAGUUACGAAACGCGACGUUUCGUUGUUGAGGGAACAUUUAACGCGAUUCUUUUGUCGGAAUUUGAUAUCUUUUGUACAUAUAACGAGAGGUGUUACGUUCCACGAUGAUGUCACUGUUCGCAUGGUAAAACCUGCGGGCCGAGUGUAUAUAUUACACGUAUUUCAAUUUAAAGGAAAGAGCACUGGAAAAUAGUUGCACCCUCUACUUGCACGAUUCCUAACAAACUUGUUCAAAAUUUCAAAUUUCGAAUCUACGGUUCUGCCAAUAAAAGUACGUGAAACCUUCCUAAAA